UGCUUUUUUCCCCCACCGCGGCACUCGCAGCGGCGGCGGCGGCAGCGCCACCUUCCUACCUUCCUUCCUUCCUUCUCCGGGUUCCUGGUGCUCCCGCACCGGAGAGGCACCUGCACCCCCUCCCCCGCCGCAGCCAGCGUCCGACAAGGCCGGAGUCGGCCGCGCUCGUCCCUCCGAGAACAACAUCUCUAUAUAAAACAGUCUAUGAAUUGUGAUGGGGAUAAAAGCUAUGAAUACUGCAGUAUUUUCUUUGAAGCAUCUAAACCAUCAGUGAAUGGUGCAAAUAGAAGAUUUACAGAGAUUAUACUUGGGUCUAAAAGCUACAAAGGAAAAUACUUUGCGAAUGGGAUGAAUAUGCAAGUAGUGACUGCCUGCAGCAGCUUCCUGACUUACAGUAACUAGCUGGAAAACAUACCUAGUGAUGUUUCAAUUUCUGCUUUACCCCAUUUGAGAUUUGUUGUCUUUAUUGGGGAAAGACGUUCAAAGUGGAGUACCAUAAACUUGAUAUGGAUAGCAAAAAAAAAGACAAGGAGAAACCAGAUGAUAGAAUGGCAAGGCCUAGUGGACGAUCAAGUCAUAACUCACGCGGCAGCAGCUCUUCAAACUCUGGAGUAUUGAUGGUUGGACCUAAUUUCAGAGUUGGAAAAAAAAUUGGUUGUGGCAAUUUUGGAGAGCUACGAUUAGGUAAAAAUUUGUAUACAAAUGAAUAUGUGGCAAUUAAGCUGGAGCCAAUGAAGUCAAGAGCACCACAGUUGCACUUGGAAUACAGAUUCUAUAAGCAAUUAGGAUCUGGAGAUGGAAUACCUCAGGUUUACUAUUUUGGCCCUUGUGGCAAGUACAAUGCCAUGGUGCUGGAACUACUGGGACCUAGUUUGGAAGAUUUAUUUGACUUGUGUGAUAGGACUUUUUCUCUGAAAACUGUUCUAAUGAUAGCCAUACAGUUGAUUUCUCGAAUGGAAUAUGUUCAUUCAAAGAACUUAAUAUACAGAGAUGUAAAACCUGAAAACUUCUUAAUAGGACGACCAGGAAACAAAACUCAACAAAUUAUUCAUAUUAUAGAUUUUGGUUUGGCAAAAGAAUAUAUAGAUCCAGAGACAAAGAAGCACAUACCAUACCGAGAACACAAAAGCCUUACAGGAACUGCUAGAUACAUGAGUAUAAAUACACAUUUAGGAAAAGAGCAAAGUAGAAGAGAUGAUUUGGAAGCUUUAGGUCAUAUGUUCAUGUAUUUUUUAAGAGGCAGUCUUCCAUGGCAAGGCCUAAAGGCAGACACAUUGAAAGAAAGGUAUCAGAAGAUUGGAGACACCAAGAGAGCAACACCCAUAGAAGUACUGUGUGAAAACUUCCCAGAAGAAAUGGCUACAUAUCUUCGUUAUGUGAGAAGACUAGAUUUUUUUGAAAAACCAGAUUAUGACUACUUAAGAAAGCUCUUUACAGAUUUAUUUGAUCGGAAAGGCUAUAUGUUUGAUUAUGAAUAUGACUGGAUCGGUAAACAGUUGCCUACUCCAGUGGGUUCAAUCCAUUCAGAUCCUGCAAUAUCUUCCAACCGAGAAGCACAUCCACAUAGAGACAAGAUGCAGCAAUCCAAAAAUCAGUCGACAGACCACAGGGCAGCUUGGGACCCCCAUCAGGCCAAUCCCCAUCACCUGAGAGCUCACCUAGCAGCUGACAGACAUGGUGGCUCGGUACAGGUUGUUAGCUCAACAAAUGGAGAGCUCAACACCGAUGAUCCUACUGCAGGCCGUUCAAAUGCACCUAUCACCGCCCCUACAGAAGUAGAAGUAAUGGAUGAAACCAACUGCCAGAAAGUGUUGAACAUGUGGUGCUGCUGUUUUUUCAAGCGAAGGAAAAGGAAAACUAUUCAACGUCACAAAUGACUUUGGAAGAAUGCAGACCAUGGGUAGUUACUUGCUUGUUCAUCUGCUGUCGUGAUUAGUCAUCUCUUGUGACCACAGUUUUCCAGCACCUCUCUUUUGAAGAAGGUCUACAUACUUGCUUUGAUUUGGUGGUUCGACAUAUUUUAGUUUGGAUCAUCUCUUCUGGAAGCUUUAAUGCUACGUCAGCUUGAGACUUAUUUGACCACUGAGAUCCUGGACCAAUGGCAAAAAUGCUGCUCUUUCUUCAGCAAAACUAAACUGUCCUAGAAAACAUUAGCAGUGAUUAACUGAAGACCAGAUAUUUCAGAACCCUGGCAUGUGCUGAGGUUUUUUUGGGGGAUGCUGUAUUGAAAACAGUUGAUUUUUGAGAGAACAAUGAAAAUGAAAACAUAACUACCCAAGCAUUUCAAAUAUGUCUUGCUUUAAAGUAUAUUUUAUCAGUAAUAUCUGCAUCGAUCCCCUCCUCCCCCAUCAUUGCUUUGAUGGUACUGCAUUUGCAAAUUGUUACCAUUAAAUCCUACUAGAAAAUAUGGUACAGUCACUGCCUAGUGGUACUAAGACAAAUGCAAGAUGAGGACCUAUCUGAUGAUAUAAAGCUAAAUGCUGUGUUUUUUAGCGGAGGGAGUGAAUCGCUUGUCAGUAAAAUCUGGGUUUCAAAAUCUGUAUUUGUUGUGCCUCCAAACAAGAUGCAGUGUGGUAGAAGUGACAAUAAUGCUUGUACAGAAAUACAAAAUAUUUAUGUGAUGCAGGUUGUGCUUCCAGUUAUGUAUGACACCAAUGCUGAGCUUCAACAGAAAAUUGCUUUGGGAUUGUGAAAACACACUAUUAAGAAAUAACUGUGAAUGGGGAUUAGUAGACUGGGAAAUUUGAAAAUGUUCAUCCAAAGCUAGUUGUGAAUAGCAACCUGAAAGGUGAAGGGCUGGAUGUGCCAUGUAGAUUUGUUUGCAAAUUAUUUUGCUAUUUGAUGUAGUUUUAAAAAAUGGAAGUGGGUUGGAUGUAAUGCUGCCUUUAAGGAAUGCUAGUCCAUAGUUCCUGGCUGCUGGAAGGGGUUUCUGGAACUUUCUUUUCCUUUGGUGAAAUAUUGCAAUGCUAAAAUACAGUUGAUAGGAUUGGUUGGGUUCUUCUCCCAUAGCUCCUUGAAGUGCCUGAAUAAUGAACAAACAAAUGGUUCAGUAUGAAAGGCAACCCUUUCCUUUUUGGCUCUCCAGAUUGCUCCAUUUAAAAGCCAUAAUGACAGAGGUGUGCUUUUGUCAUGUUUAGCUGCCAGCAUGAUAAAGAGUUGGAAUAAAAGAAGAAAAAUGGCUAGACAGAUGUGUUGACCAAAACUCAAAUUGUGUGUGACUUCCUUUAAAAAGAGCCUCUUAAGAGUUAACUUUUAAUAACUUUUUGUCUAUCAAUGCAUGCCUUUUGGCAUAUUUAUUUAUUUUUUAAUAUCUUGUGGUAACAUUCAAAAUGUGUACUCGGAUAAAUGCACACCUUUUGAAUUCAUUAUUGCAUUUACAGGGAUUGUUUUGUAAUUUUUUUUUCCUGAACAGCCAAAAGUGCAGUGCAUUGUCUUGAAUUAGGUGCACAUAUAAAGGCAUUGUGCAGAUCUGGUCAUUGUUAGUCACUGUUGCUGUUAAUGACUUUAGUAAAUCUAAAAGCUUGAACCUGGCCUAUAAAAACAUAGACUAUAUGACCUGGUCAAAUGUUUUCACUUUAUCUGUAUUAUUGAUAAUGUCUUACACUCUCAAGGAGAUUGAUCUUUAUUUUUAUUUGUGCUGAGAAAGUAGGUGAUGAACUUGGCCAUUCUAAUGUGAACACUUUCUUUGCAGUAUUUGACCAAAAUUUUUUCUCCAUAAUGUUUGUAAAUACAUGCAGUAUCUUUCUUAUCAAACACCUAUUCAGUUUCAUUCUCAAGGGUUUCUUUGACCUGUACAGUGUUUAUAUGAUCUGAACUCCUUACACAUAACGGUGUGUAUAUUAAUUCAAUUAUGGACUUGAAGUUUAAAAAAAUAUAUAAAACCUGUUUGUUUACUGCAAAGACCAGAAUCUAGAUAUUUCUAUUUAGCAAUAUUUUGAAUAUUCCAUUUUAUUGCUAAGGAAGACUUUGUCCUCACCACACACAACUGGUCAAUAGUAAGUUAUGCAGUUAUGUUCAGGUUAAACCACCAAUGUUUGCAUUCAUAUGCUUUCCCCGUUUAAACUAAUAAAAUCAACAUUGCCUGGAUGUCUGAAUAAUAAAAUUCAUCCCUGUUUAAAAAUAUGUAAUGAAUGAAGAAGAAAAAAUAAAGGUAGUUUUUUUAA